CAACGUAAUACACUGUAUGAGAUAUGAGUUUCGGUUUUAUAUCUUUUUAAAUCAUUAUCGUAGAGAUUGCACAAGUGCAUUUCAAUUAAACCUGUUAUUUUAUAUCAGUAUCGAUUUGUGGCUUUUUUAUUCGACAAAAUAAUAUAAGUACUAUUAUAAACCGGUCUUUGUUUCUCUGUUAUAGUGUCAAAAUGGAUAACAAUGUGGAGAAAGAAAUGUGCAACAAUUGUAAAAAAGAAAUUCCUCAACCAAAUUAUGUUAUGCACACAAUGCACUGUGCAAGAAACAUUACCUUGUGCAAAGUGUGCAAUGAACCUAUUCCCAAAAUGGAAUAUGAAUCACAUAGAGAGAAGUGCAGAAAACCAGUGAUGAAGAAACCUACCCCACCCCCUACAACAAUUGAAAAUAGUUCUUAUUUUCAACAAAGAAAGGCAGUAGAAGACAAAAAAGCAGCCAUCCGUCGUGAAACCUAUUUGAAAAAACACGAACAUCUUGUUGACAAUGGCUUUACUUUGAAUGAAACUAUAAGAAACGGCUAUGGAAAGACUUCAUCUAAGUACAGCAGCAACUCUAGCUCAUCUGGAAGUAUUUCUUCAAGCUCCAGCAACAGUAGAGUGUCUUCAGUUGCUGAUAAUAGCAGCAGCAAAAAAAUUACCAAUCAGUCUAGCGGAGCUGUCAAGAAACCUGCAUUAAUACCAAGACUAGAUGGGGGAAGUGGUAUCAAAUCAAAAGGAUCUGAUGGACUUCUACCAUGUAAAUUCUGCGACUUGGAGCUGCCAAAGCUAGAACUGGAAGAACAUGAGAAUUAUUGCGGCAGCAGAACUGAUAAGUGCUUGGAUUGCGGAGAAUUGGUCAUGUUCAAGAACAAGCAAGUGCAUUUGGAUUCUAAUCACGGAUUUGUCAAGUUGACAGACGAGCCUGGUCCAAAAGCGUCCUGGGACUCGACCACUCAUCGCACUCCAGAUUUGAGCGGACGAGCUUCUCCCAUCCGACGUCGCGUUGAAAGAUUGAGAUUGGGCGACGUCGACUAUGAUCCCAUGCCUUAUUUACCAGCGGCUUACCAACCUGGAGGAGGACUUAAGAAAAACAAAGAAGGAGAGAGUUACAAGGAGAUUUCUAGGAGAUUAGAUUGUAAAACUGAAUACAUUAGGAAUCUUCUACAUGAUUCUGCUAGCAUUACUAUACCUUUAAGAUCUAGUGGUAGUGCACCUAGGAACCAUUUCAACCAUAAUAAAGGCCCAGCACCUCAACCUCCAAGAUAUCGCCGCAACCCUCCAACUGAAUUGAUAAUCCCUUGUGAAUUUUGUGACACACCAAUUCCACACGAGGACUUGAUUGAACAUGAAACCGGAUGUAGACCUGACCUGGCUAGAUACAACCCUCGUAGAAACAAGGUACCACUUCCAGAUGAAGACGACUACACUCCCGUUUACGAAGCUCCUAGAAUGAGGACUCCCCCUAGAGCCGACAGUCCUGAUAGCGAAGAGUUGCCUUGCGAAUUUUGCUCUCACAUGGUACCAGCCUCUCAGUUGUGGAGGCAUCAGCUUAGCUGCACCGCUGCAGCCUAAUAGUUUUUAGGAUUUUGUUGAACUUGGUACUACCAGGUUUCAAGUAGGUAAUAUUUUAGGGUCCGCUGGUACUUUUGCUCCCAAUUAAUAAAUUUGAAACGCUGUUGGUGAAAAUCCCUCAACAGCUUAUUAAAGUAGUUAACUGAGAGAAAAAGUACUGGCCCUAGGUAGUUUUUAGUAUUUUAAAAAGGUGCCUUUUUGAAGGAUUUUAAAAAUUCUUCAAAUGUUGAUAAUAUUGCCUUGAACUGCCUUCAAGUUGUAUAUGUGAAGUGGUCUUUUUACGCUUUGCUCAGAUUUUUUUUUAUAUCAAUAUUUAUGUUGUUUAUGUCUUGAUAAAGAGCAUUGAACAUAGAAAAAAAAUUAUUUUAAGUCUAGUGAUGAAACGAUUACUAUGACCGUUAUGAAUAUUAGAGGAAAUAUACCAAAAAAACUUUAUUUAUCUUAAAAGAGUGACUAAAAGUUAACAUGGAAUAAAAACGAUGAUAUUGUAUUCCUAAUCGUUUCAUCACUUCUGUUAGUUUUUGAUCAAUUUACGUUUUUGCUCAAAGUCUACUUAUAAUACUUUAUUGGCUCUUUAUUAGGAGUAUUAGAAUUUGAAAUUGAAAUGUUUGUUUUUUUGUAUUUGCUGCAUUUUAUUGCUUUGGAAAUUAAUAUUUAAUAUAAAAAAUACAUACAUA